AUGUCGACGGGUGCUUCCACGUACAGUUCGCAUGACGGCUUGAAGCAUAGGACGUCAAAAAUUGGGGCAUUCAAGGAUGAACAUGACUUACAGGACAUUAUUACGAAGACGUCUUCUCUUCAGUUAGAUGAACAGAAUGAGACCCCACAAAGUAAAAAUCCAAGUCGAACAGUAAACAUAUUAUCUACAAUUUUCUUAACCGUCUUAUCAGGGUACUUGAGAUUCCAUAAAAUAGGUGCAUCUAGCAAAGUUCUCUGGGAUGAAGCACAUUUUGGAAAGUUUGGAUCUCACUACAUAAAAGGUGAAUAUUAUUUUGAUGUUCACCCACCAUUGGGUAAACUUCUUGUAGCAUUGUCAGGUUGGCUCGCAGGAUAUAAUGGAGAUUUCGGUUUCGAUAGUGGAACAAAAUACCCCGACGAUUGUAAUUACGUGUUCAUGAGAAGCUUCAACGCCGCCUUUGGAGUCUUAUGUGCUCCUGUGGCAUACCAUACCGCCAUUCUCUGCGGAUUUGAGCCAUUGACAGUUUGGCUCAUCAGUUUACUGGUAGUUUUCGAAAUGUUUUCGCUUACCUUAUCUAAGUUUAUAUUAUUGGACUCGAUGUUGCUCCUCUUCACGGUUACAACAUUCUAUUGUUUAGUCAAAUUUCAACAAUUGAGAGCGCAAAACAAGCUUCUCCUGUUAGAAGGCUGGGUCUGGCUCUCGGUUACUGGGGUGUCCAUUGGUUGUGUGUGCUCAGUGAAAUGGGUUGGGCUUUUCAUCACUGCUUUAGUUGGUCUCUUCACUAUAUAUGAUUUGUAUCUCAAGCAUUGCCAAACUUUUACUCUUGAGCUGGGUGAUGCUAACAAAAUUUCUGUAAAGACAUAUAUAAGUCAUUGGAUCUCAAGAAUUUGCACCUUAAUAAUCAUUCCUUUCUUGAUUUAUUUGUUAUGUUUCAAGAUUCACUUUAAGUUGUUAAAAAGAAGCGGUACUGGUGACGGUGGGGUAUCUUCGUUACUACAAGGUCAAUUUGAAGAUAAUACACUUCAAAAUGGACCCAGGUCUGUUGCAUUUGGAUCCUUGGUGACUUUGAGAUCCCACGGGUUGUCGCCCAAUUUGCUUCAUAGUCAUGAAUCAGGCUACCCUGAAGGCUCAGGACAACAACAAGUUACUAUUUACGGAUACAAAGAUAACAACAACGAAUUUUUAAUUGAAUUUGGCCUUGAUGCAGGGAAGCUCGCUACAGUUCUACCAGAAGAAGGUGAGGAUACUAGCCACUGGAAGCAAUUGGUGCACGACGGUGAUACGGUUAGAUUGAUACAUAAAGAAACUGACAACUUACUUCACUCUCACAGAAUCACUUCAUAUAUUACAAAAUCCACUUUUGAGGUAUCAUGUUAUUCAAGCCUUGAAAAUUCCAAUUAUGCCGAUGAAUGGGUCAUUGAAAUACAAGAACAGCUUACUUCGCCAGAUCCAUUCUUUCACAAUGAAUCUUUGCAAGAAAUCCAUCCGAUUUCAACUAACUUCAGAUUAAAGCAUAAGGAAUUAGGCUGCUAUUUGGGAACCACUGGCUACGUUUUACCUAAGUGGGGAUUUGGACAGGGUGAAGUAGUUUGUAAAUAUACCUUGGUAGCUAACGAUAAAACUACAUGGUGGAACGUCGAAGAUCACAUUAACAAUCAAUUGAGUCCUCCACUGAAGGGCUAUGUUUCACCACCUGCGAAGUUUUGGAAGGAAUUCAUAAUUUUAAAUUACGCUAUGAUGUCUUCAAAUAACGCUUUAGUGCCAGACAAGGAUAAAUUUGAUACUUUGAGUUCAGAAUGGUGGCAAUGGCCUACCCUUAUAGUUGGCUUGAGAAUGGGUACGUGGAGUGUUGCAGAAGUCAAAUAUUUCCUUAUAGGUAAUCCAGCUGUAACUUGGACGAGUACUUUUAGUAUUGCUUGUUUCGUUGUGAUUACCUUUGUUCUGGCCAUCUUAUGGCAACGUCAAGUGGUUACUUAUCCUUUCGGAAACGAAGGUCCGUUUGAUCCUGUAUGGAACAAGUACUUAGUUAAAGGACUCUUACCUUUCUUUGCGUGGUUUCUCAAUUACAUCCCUUAUAUAGUCAUGGGAAGAGUAACUUACAUUCAUCAUUACGUCCCGGCGCAAUACUUUGCUAUAUUCGUAUCAGGAUACAUAUUGGAGAUUUCAGUAGGAAAACUACCAAGACCUAUACAAUGGAUUAUAUAUUUAGCAUGCUAUAUUGUUAUCACAGGAACAUUUUACUACUAUAGAGAUUUAUGUUUUGGUAUGGUAGGAUCAUCUAAGUUAUUUGCAUAUUUAAAACUAUUGAAGACUUGGAUGAUUUGA